AGAAGUAGGAGUGGAAGUAACAUCAUUUGAGAGGAAGAAGGGGAGGAGAGUUUCUUCAGUGACUGAUUUCUGCCUGUCUAAGCCUGACUUCCUGUUAAAACAUUACGAGAGAGACAUAUAUAUACCUAUAUAUAUACCACUAUAUAUGUAUAUAUACACAUAUGAUCAAUAUUGUUUGUGAAGCGAUGACUAAUUCACUGCUUUUUGCCCCAGGCAAAAUGUGUGAAGAGGUGACCCCAGCCUUGAAAAAUGUGAGCACGAAAUCGCUAUGGAAGGCGGGCGAUGGACCGGUGAGUUCGAUCUUUGCCAAGCUGAUAUCAAAGUUGGAGUCGAGCACGGGCCUGAAGGCCGAACAUAUAUUCAUCAAAGUGGUGGCCACCUGCUGUUCUUUCGCCGCUGUCUAUGUGACCUUCAGCUGGAUCCUCAAGAAGAUGGACCCGACAUAUGAAGAGAAGAAAAAGGCGCAGAUCCAAGCUAAAGUUAUGUUGAAACGACUCGGCAUCGACGAACAUGCUUUGAACGAAUACGAAGUGGCUGUGGCCGCCAACUUGGUCGAUCCUCGCUGUUUCGACAUCAGCUGGGAACAGAUCGGAGGACUUGAUAAUGUGAAGAAAGAACUGAAACAGACAGUCAUAUUCCCUCUCAAGAAUUUCACUUUACUCGACAAUUCGAAACUAAUGAAACCUCCUCGUGGGGUCCUUUUAUAUGGCCCUCCCGGCUGUGGUAAAACCAUGAUUGCUAAGGCCACAGCCAAGGCUUCCGGUGCCAAUUUCUUGUUUGUUGAGCUCUCGUCCAUGCUAGACAAAUGGUACGGCGAGUCACAGAAGAGGGUCGCAGCUAUAUUCAACCUGGCUCAUAAAAUCCAGCCCACAAUUAUUUUCAUUGACGAAAUCGAUUCAUUAUUACGCACCAGAAAUACCCAGGACCACGAAGCAACCAGUAUGAUGAAAACCCAGUUUAUGAAUUACUGGGAUGGAUUAUUGACCGACAGUAAAAGCCAAGUAAUUAUCAUCGGGGCCACAAACAACAGGCAGGCCCUCGAUCAGGCCAUCCUACGGCGAAUGCCAUGUCAGUUAUAUGUGGGUAACCCCAGCACCGAUCAACGAUAUCACAUCCUUGAAAUAAUCCUCAGUGACGAAGUCCUCGGUCCAGACGUUGAUCUUUCAGUCAUUGCUCAGAUAACUGAUGGUUUCUCCGGUAGUGACCUUCACGAAGUUUGCAGAUUAGCUGCGUCAGUUCGAAUCAGUGAAUACAUCGACACCACCUCGGCCGACAACAAAGAAGGAAGCGAACCAUCGUCGCCUAUCUUGCUGCUGCCCAUGUCUUCAUGCUCAUCUGCUCAACCCGAAACCGGUGCCCCUACGGAUAAGGGAUGUGAUUCUAAUAAACCGGACAAACUCGAGAAUCUUAGAGGAAUAUCUCAGACGGAUCUUUGUACAGGAGUUGAUAAAGUACAAAGCAACAUCUCAAAACUUUUCUGCUGAUAAAAAAAUAUAUAUACAAAAGAAGACAAAAAAAAAAAGAGAAAAAUACGAAAAGUCUGGAUGUCUUAAUUUUUUUUUUUUUUUUUUUGUUGUUUGUUUGUUUGACCACAGGCAGGUCCUUGUUCCUGACCCCGUUGACCUUAAUGAUCAAGGAAAUAUGUAAUUCCAGCCAUAACCACCACCAUCAACAGCACCUGUGUUUUAUAUUUCCUUUACUUACAUACUGCCAUAGUGUACCUUGGAUUACAUUAUCCUUCGAUUUAGGCACAAAAUAACCGACAGCUCAGUCAAAAACAGUUUUCACGUAUGUAUAUGUUUAUAUGACACCGUAUAUGAUCACUAUAUAUAUAUAUAUAUAUAUAUAUAUAUA